AUGGGUGACUUUGUCACAGAGGCUUUCACACUCCUGGCAGUGGCCAUUGUGAUUAUUGGUCUCCGUACUGUGGCUCGAUGGAUCAUGGUAGGACCGAGGAAUUUCCAGGCAGAUGAUUAUCUGAUGCUAUUGGCUUGUGUGGUGUACGGGCUGGAAACCGGCGCUGCAUACAUGGUGGGCGCAUGGUUCAAAGGCCUCGCCAACAAUGCCAUGACAGAUGAACAACGCAAACAGCUAUCUCCCGACUCCGAAGAAUAUCGUCUGCGUGUGGGAGGCUCGAAGGUCCAGGUGACUGGCUGGUCAUUAUACACUCUGCUUUUAUGGCUCUUGAAAACUUGCAUGGCCGUCUUCUACUCUCGUUUAACAGCGGGCUUGAUCAACAUGCGCGUCCGAAUCCAUAUCGCAUAUGGCUUGAUUGCCACCACUUACAUUGCUACAAUUUGUUCCAUUCUCUUUGGUUGUCACCCGAUGCACAAGAACUGGCAGAUCUAUCCAGAUCCCGGAAAUUAUUGUCAGCCUGCUGUUUCCAAGAUCGACAUCUACGUCACAGUCGUGCUGAAUGUUGCGACUGAUAUCUACCUUAUCAGUAUCCCAGCGCCCAUGCUCUUCAAGGCCCGCCUUCGCUGGCGUGAAAAACUCGAGCUUCUUGUUCUUUUCAGCGGCGGUCUCUUCGUCAUGAUGGCCGGUAUUCUGCGCUGCGUUUUGAUUUUGACAGCUGGUGCCAAUGGUGCCCAACAAGCUGGCAGCUGGGCCUGUCGUGAAACCUUCGUCGCUGUGGUCAUUGGCAAUGUUCCGAUGAUCUAUCCGCUUUUCCGUCGAGUCGCUCGCCGUGCAGGCCUUUAUAUUACCUCGAGAGGAGGUGGUUCUGAAAGCUACCCAGCCUACCAACUAUCAGAUGGUGAUGCCAGUGGGUACGCGAGACGCAAGAAGUUCCGUCAUCCGCUUUCCAUCCCAGGUGACACGCAAUGGAACACCGUUAGUGACGAGCAAAUGAUACUACCGACUUCACGCCAGCAGCCGCCUACAUGCACCGCUGGCGAGGGGGACUGGGACGCUACCAGCCACACCAGCCAUGGCGGAGGGAUCAAAGUGAUCCAUGAAACGAUUGUUCAUAGUGCCGAGAAAGGCUCUCGCUUAUAG